AUGUCACGCCGAAAGGACAGAUGGGUUUCUUCCUUCUCUUUCCUGCUCUUCUGUGCUUCCUCCAUCCCAAUGUGGGGAAGUGCGAGGCUGCUGCAGGAGCUGAGCCCCCAGGAGUAUUUCAGGAGCUUGCAAGCUGGCAAAGCAUCUCUGGCUUAUUUCAACCGUAACGUUUCUCCUGGUCCCCAGCCCUUCUUGGAGCAGAUUGAGGACUCGGCUGAGGCCCUCCAGGACUAUGGCAUUUCAGUGGUGAAGGUGAAUUGCCCCGACAAGGAUGUCUCAAGAUACUGUGCAAAAGAAAACGCGUUAAGGAAAGCCUACCUGUUCAGAGGUAACCUCCUCAUCAGAGAGUUCCCCACCGACGCCUUGUUUGACGUGAACUCCAUCAUUGCUAACGUUUUGUUUGCCCUGCUCUUUAAUGAAGUUAAAUACGUCGAAACACUGGCAGAUCUUCAGAACGUUGAAAAUACACUGAAAGGAAGGUCGAACAUGGUCUUUGCCUACGUACCAGCUACUGGGACAGCAGAGCACAGAGCCGUGAUGGAGGCAGCUUUUGUCUACGGGACUGUCCACCAGUUUGUUCUGACCACCGAGGCAACGCUGUUGAAAGAUGCUGGCAAUGAUGAGCCUGAUGUGUCUUCUGCCCGGCUGUUGUUCUGCCACUGCCAACGGGCCACAGACCUGGCACAGCCCUGCAGGAGGACUGCCAUGGAGCAGGCUCUAACCAAGCUCAACAUCCACAGGCAUCUCAAGCUCAUGGAGGCUCCUCUGGUGACAGAGGUUGCUGAGGACCCAGAGAAGGUUUCCACUGUUCACUUACAGCUUGGGCUACCGCUUGUCUUCAUCCUCAGCCAGAAAGAGACCUACGAGGCUGACAGAAGGACAGCAGAGUUUGUGGCAUGGCAGCUCUUGGGGAAAGCAGGAGUUGCCCUUUUGUCCAGGGACCUCGUAGAUUUGAAUGUUCUGCUCCGGUCAAACAUCGCUCUCAAGACACCAGAUGAGGGAGCGGCAAUCAAAUACCUGGUCUUGGAAGAUGCUGAUGAAAUUAUAACCCUGGUGGAAGAUAAGAACAAGGUGAAACAAAUCCAGGAGGAUGAGGAGGAGGAGGAGGAAGAUGAGGAUGAAAAAGAGAAUAACAAUCAAGAUGUUCAGGACGAUCAGGUGGUGGAAGCAGUUUCCAGGGACAAGAAGCGAGAGCUGCGUCUGGAUCAGGUCCUUGCCCUGACAGAGGAGACCUUCGACUCAGCCCUCCUGGAGACCUCCCGGACAGUGGUGCUGUUUUAUGCCAGCUGGGAGGCAGUGUCCCUGGCAGUGCUGCGGUCUUACAUCGAGGUGGCCGAUCGCCUGAAAGGAGUCGAGGGGGUUUUACUCUCUCGGGUGAACUGCUGGGACUGGCCCGGCGUUUGCACCAAGGAGAAUGUCACUCAGUUUCCUACCGUCAAGAUUUAUGAGAAGAGAGAGCGGUCAGUGACGUACGAUGGCAUGUGGGGAACCGAAGAACUCAGCAGCUUCAUCACGCUGAGCCGUGUUUCCUGCCCUCUGAAGCUGGCCACGAUUGAUGAGGCAGAAGGAUAUUUAAGAGGGGACUUUCCAUCCGAGCUGUCAUCCUAUCGCCACGCUUCGCUUCUAGGGGUGUUCAGCACAGCCACGAGUGAAGCGAGGAAAGCUUUCGAAGAGGCAGGAAACAUCUUAAGUGGCCAUGUAACGAUGGGGGUGUAUUUUGAAGAUGAUGCCCUGGCUUUGUCCCAUAAAUAUGAGGUGUCUCCCCCAGCCCUCCUCCUGGCCCGGAGCGGUGGUCGGAGUGUGGAAAGCAUCACCGUGUCCAAACAGAGCGCGCAGGACAUGGUGCAGAUGAUCAGAUAUGAACUGCUGGACAUAUUUCCAGAGAUCACGGUGCAAAAUCUGCCCCGCUACUUGCAACUCGGAAAGCCCUUCCUCAUCUUGUUCAGCGAUGGUGACAUUGAUCAAGUGGAAGGCGAGGAAAUGCUGAAGUUGGCAAAAGGAACACCCCAGCAAGUGUUUGUGGCUUGCUGGUUGAACUUGAAAAAGACUCCGGUGGGACACGGGGUCCUGAAGACAUACUUUGCCACCACGCCCUUGCUGCCUGUCCUUGUCUGGGUGAACCUUCAUGCCGGGGGUCAGAUAUUCAAGUUCCCAUCGGAGCAGCCCAUCACUGAAACGAACGUCUUGUCUUGGCUGGAGAAGUUAAAAGCGGGGCUGGAGAUUCCUAGCAGUACCUUGUCUGAGGAAGACUGGAAGCCACCUCUCCCCGCUUACGACUUCCUUCAGAUGAUGGAGACGGCCAUGCCCGAGCUCCCUCUCCUCCACACCUCCCACCCCCACGGGGACAUGCCACCGAGGCACCUGCCCAAAAGCCCAGGAGGGGACACCACAGCCCAGGAGGAACUGUCCCAGGAGAACAAGGCAGAAAAAGUCGGGUCCCCUGGGAGGGACCUUCGAGGGACAGCCCCGAGGCUGGCAGCAAGGGAGAAGCAGGGCAAGAAACACAGCAAGCUCUGA